AUGUACAACAAAAACAACAUCCUCACAAACUACAAAAACAACAACACAAACUUUAGUGUAGAAGAAAUAAAACCAUCAUUGUUGUUAUUGUUAUUGUUAUUAUUAUUAUCAUCAGGGCUAUGGCAAGACGAAGAUGAAGACAUUAUCGUCAUCAUACCAGAAGAGGACGACGAUAACGAUGCCGAUGACUUCAUCAUCUCACCUGUACGACCCGAGCUACCUGUCAAAGGUGCCAUUGCUACUGAUGACGAUGAUGACGUAGAUGAUGACGACGAAGACGACGAGGAGGGGUUUUUUAAUGAGACAGGUGUUCUUGACAGGGUUUCCACAUUAUACCUGGAUAGAAUGCAGCAAGGGUACAGACUUUGCAUUCCAUGGAUUGAAGUGAAGUUUGUUGAUACCAAUGAUGGAUUUGGGCCUGCUGAUGACCACUCGUUUGCUCAGGCUUCUGUUUUGUGUUUAUUUUUAAAAAGAUGCAAAGUGUUACAAUCUUUAAUGUCUUGUGGAAUCGUCUCCCAUAUUCCUGGGCCGCCCAAUCGGUUCAUCAUGAGUUCAUCAUUAAGAAGCUAUGAAAAAAUGUUUUACCUGCAGAAACACACUUUAAAAAAAGCAUCAAAGAUGCCUUUGCGAGCCAUAGUUUUACUAUCUUACGACAAGCACAUCUACCCACUACCUGACUAUUCAAACCUCUUUUCUUGA